AUGUCUGUCACUCACCUUGAAUUAUAUGAGCAGAUGGAUAACCAGCCAACAGCAUUCAGUAGAUAUAAUGGUGGCGAUGAAGAUGAUGAUGAUGAGGAGGAUGGCAUACCUAAAAUCAGGAUUGGUAUCUGUGCUAUGAGUAAAAAGGUGGGUGUGUCUCAGGAAGCCCUUUCUGUCUUGUUUGGACAGUGUCCAGUGGCCCAUGGUGGUUCAGUUCUGUUGUUUCAGCUAAUGAACAGAGAUGAGCAUAGGGGGAGGUGCCUGUGAGGUUGGUUGAGUCCCAUAAAUUAUAUGUAACCUGGCAUUCACCUAGGCACUGCUGUCAUUGUGCGACAACUGUAAUCAGUACCGUGUUUUUAAAUAAAGAUGAUGAUGAUGAUGAUGAUGAACCUAACAUAUUUACAGUACACUUUCUGCAGAGACGGGGGGGGUGGUAGGGAAAAAACACUUUGCAAGUUCGAGCCAUGAAAGGCAACAACAUGCUAAGGUAAUGAAGUGAUGUCAACAGGUUUCUAUCUAGGAUUUAUCGUUUGGGGGUGAAGUCCCUAGUGGCCGAAGGCCACGAGCUUCCUACGGGGGGCCGGGGGCAUGCUCCCCCGGAAAUGUUUGGAAAUGAAUAUGCACAGAGAUGCAAUCUGGUGCAUUUUGAGACCCAAUUUUGAGAAAUGUUACAGUGGUAUUUUAUUUUACUUUUUAGUCGUGAUCACGUUCUGAUAUAGUUACUUAUAUACUGUAAUGAUAACAAUAUUUUUGGGGGGGGGAAGCCGGGCAUUUUGGGGGCGAAGCUUCUACCCCUUAAAUACCCUAGAUAGAACCCUGGUCAAGGAAAUAGCUGUAAAAAAAAAAAACAUGAAUUCCUGUGACAUAAUUAGGGCGCCCCUGCAUAUCUCCAACAAUAAACUGCUGGCCAGCCAUGUCUCAAAUUUAACUAAGCCUAAAUUUCAUUUAGGCACAUUAUUUUAAUGACCAGGAAAUCUUGAUUAUAUUCUGGCAGUAAAAUCAUCUAACAAAUCAUCUAAAGGUUAUUAUUGAGCACAAAACUUUACAUUCAAGUGGGUGGAGUUACUGUUGUAAGUUUAUGUGGGUACACUCAUUUGCUCCUUGCCAUCCAAAUUUGCCUGUGAACUAAUUAUUUAUUAAAAAAUGUGCAGGCUAUCCUAAUCCAAGAUGGUUCCCUGUUCUUGACAUUUAACAUUGCUGUAUUUUACUCUUGAUAUUGAAAAGCUUUCCUCCUUUUGAAAUGUUAUGCUCCACUCAUGUAAAGUUCUCAAAUGUGAGUAGUCUGUUUCAAAUCAAGGCUUUUCUCGUGAUCCUGUUGGGCAGCACAGGCCCAGAAAGGUUUUUUUGCAUUAGAAUACUCUAUCUCCCUGGCCCCAGUUGUUCAAAAGAUGGAUAACGCUAUCCACUGGAUAAAUCACUACCCACUGGAUAGCGCAAUUGGUUUCCCUAACACUUCUCUGGUGGAUAGUGAUUUAUCCGGUAGAUAUUGCUAUCCAACUUUUGAACAACUGAGGCCUGGAGUUUGCAGAGGUUUGGUGAAACACAAUUAUUGGGAGUUGAAACAGCAAUAUGAAAGUCUCAAUAUGUUGUUCUCUCCACAGACCAACUCACAACCAAUGCAAGAGAUUCUUGGUCGCAUGUCAGUGUUUGACUUUGUGGAUAUCUUUGUGUUCCCUGAUGACACCAUCCUGAAUGUACCAGUAGAAAAAUGGCCCAUCUGUGACUGUCUCAUCUCGUUUUACUCCAAAGGAUUUCCUCUUGAGAAGGCUAUUGACUAUGCCAAUUUAAGAAAACCUUUUAGUUUAAAUGACCUGGAGAUGCAAUAUGCCCUCAUGGACAGGUUUGUUUACCUAUGUUGUAGGUCAUUUAUGUUCAGGUUAAAAAGGCUCCAACCUAGGUUGAUUUUCAAUUUCCUUUGUCUCCUAGUAUUUUUUAAAGAGGGUUUCCUAUGCCCCAUUUAAAUAUUUCUUUUGCAUAUGGGGUACUAUACACACUGUAGGCAAUACUUCUGAAAAUUAUUUGCCUGUCCAAAGAAAUGCUGGUUCCAGUAUGCCAGAUUCUGGUAUAUCCUAUGAUUGGUAUUUUUUGACAGCUGUUACAGAGUCAACGCUUGAACAGCCAUCACCUCGAUACACUCCUUGAUACACCUGUAAUUGCUCUGUCAUGGUGGUCUUCUCCUGUAUUUCUAAAUCAGAGCCUGUUCUCUUGUAGACCAACGAUGUACAGUCUUUUAGCUACUGCUGGUAUAGAAACACCCAGACAUGCAAUCCUUCUUAGAGAUGAAAACACUGGUGAACCUAUCAACACAAGAUUUGUUGAGACAGAUGACUCAGUGCAAGUUGGUGAUAUGGUGUUCCAUAAACCCUUUGUUGAGAAACCAGUAAAUGCAGAAGAUCACAAUGUAUAUAUUUAUUUCCCUUCAUCAGCUGGUGGAGGAAGCCAACGAUUGUUCCGCAAAGUGGGAAACAGAAGCAGUGUGUACUCAGCAGAGAGUUCUGUGCGUAAAGAAGGCUCGUACAUUUAUGAAGACUUUGUUGUCACUGAUGGAACAGAUGUCAAGGUAUGAUGGAAAUAUUGUGGGUAACUAAGGUUUAGGUUUUUCUUGUGUCACAGAUGUAUUUUACCAGAGUAUUUACAGGGUUAGCCAAAAAACAAAAAUGUUUAACCUCAAGACCUUAAAAUUCUUUCAGAGUAGCAAGUGGCUCAAACGACAAUAAAAUGUUUAUCCAGAAAAGGAGGAGCACAAAAUACAGUGGAACCUCAAUGUAUUGAACCUCUAUAUAACAAAGUCCUCAGUGUAACAAAUGAUUGUCUUUACCCCCAGUAGUAGUGCAAUAUAUGGAAAAGUAUGUAGAUAUAAUGAAGCCUUGCUAUAGCGAACAAAUUUUGCCAGUUCCUUGGCACUUCUUUGUAUCGAGGUUCCACUGUAAAAAGAAAAAAAAAAUAAAAAGGAGUAUAAUGCACUGUAAUUGGUUUGAUUUUGCAUGGCUUGGUACCCUUGAUGAAUGAGAUUCUUGAUGCUGAAAGUUCUUGAAUAGUUCUUUAAGGUGAUUCCAUAGUAAAAGAACCUAACAUAGAUUGUAGCUAAAACUUGGUGCACUAAUGUAACAAGUCAAGAAGAUGAUAAAAAAGUAAUAAAAAGUGGGGGUCACCGUGCUCGUUUUGAUGUCACAAUGCUGACAAAUACGGCUAUUUAGGACCCUUUUACAAAAACCGCAGGCAGCCCAAAACUAGACAAAAAGGAGAGAUUUUUUCGAUGAUGCACGUGGCAUCACACAGAAUUUGACUUUAAUGUAUUGUUUAUCCACUUACGUACCAGAAAAAUGUCUUUUAAUGCCCUUGCUUUUACUUUACGCUCCAAAGUAGAAUUAAAUUUGACGCGGGCUUUUUGACCAGUGAUGGCUCAAUCCGUACAAUUUAGUAAAAUUCCCAAAAAACUGAACAUAGAUUUGUGCCAAUUUUUUUCUCAUCGAAAGGAAGCACUGUCCUUAUUAAAAUCAUGAAAUAAAAAAUGGGGGUCACCGUACUCGUUUUUGCGGUAGAGCUGCAGAGAGUGCGCACCAAACGCAUUUUCUCCAAUUUAUGAGAGAGGACUGGGGCGAGUUUCAAAAAUAGAAUGUAUAUGAAAGGGGGAAGAAAGUAUUAAAAAAUCCGUUUUUACAGAAUUUACAUCAAGAUAUCACAUUUAGGACACAAUGUGAUAAAGAAAUUAAAGUGUUUAAAUGAAAAUCAAAGUGAGUACGCACAAGUUAAACAUCCACUGUCGAGGUUCUCCGAGAGGAGGUCGAACUCAGCAACACGCGUACUGCUUACGUUAUGCACAUUCCCAACACAUCGAGUCUCACCUCGGCAAGAAACAACAGCAAGCAAAAAUUCCAAUAGCGUUUCUCUUCAGGCAACUUCAUUUUAAUAAUGUUACUUCACAUGCUCUUUUUUACGGCGGCCAUCUUGUUAUGCGCAGUAAGAGAUGCACAGUGCAAAACUAGGGAAUCACCUUAAUACUCUUUUAGGAACUAACAACCUGACAAAUGUAUAGGUGGAUGCAAUGGGCAUGCUUUCAAUUCAAUGAGUCUUAACAGGUUACCUCAGGAAAUGUAAAACAGCAAAUGAGAAAAUAAUCUUCCAAUUUUGGGAUUUUCAUGUACUGUAUUUGUUUUUUAUAUCAGCUUUCAAAAAUAAUACUUGGGUGAAAAAUGGAGGCAUUUCAGGGUAUACCUGACUGUGAGGAUUUGUCUGAGCAGAAAUCUGCAUCAGAGACAUGCACAUUUGGUAUCUGUGCAUGUGAUCUUCAAAAUCCCGCUUGAGUUUUGAAUGUCUGAUGAAUUCUUUAUAGGUGUACACAGUAGGGCCUGAGUAUGCCCAUGCAGAAGCUCGCAAGUCUCCAUCACUUGAUGGAAAAGUUGAAAGAGAUUCCCAAGGGAAGGAGAUUCGAUAUCCAGUCAUUCUCAAUCAGUAUGAGAAAAUUCUAGCCAACAAAGUCUGCAACUUAUUCAAGGUAAGGGUUUCUACAUGUAUUUUAAAGCACAGGGAUUAAAUUUGUUGAGGAGUCUUUCAGAUCGAAAAUUGAAUAGGAAAAACAAGGUCCACUGAAUUAUUUUGAUUGUCCUUUAGACUUUGUAAUUAUAUAUUGUGGAUGGAAGACUAAGAUAAGGUUAGUGAGACUGUCAAAAACACAUUUUGGUGAUCGGGAUUUAUAUUAGAGAUUGUCAAGUGAUCUGCAUCGUAGAGGGGUCUACCUGCUUGUGGAUCCUACCUCUGUACAUGUACUCUAAGGCAAAGUUCAGACGUCUAUCUUUUAUGAGUCCAACCUAAAACAUUGAAUUACAUACUGGUAUAUGAAAAGUUCAGCAUCUGAAUCAGUUAGGAAUGCCUGUUUCAAUUUGGAAUGGCUCAGUCUUUCUUCCCACCUAGCCCAGAUCUACUUUGGAAUGGCUUUGAUUCAGACACUGAAUUUUCAUGUACCGAAACUAAUGCAUAAAUAAUAUUUACAAUGCAUUUUCUAGGCAUUUUACCUGAAAUGAGCAUUUUCCUCCAUUUGAAUUUAGUUCAGCUAGAACUAAGAUCGGCGUCUGAAUCAGUUCUGCUUGUUGAAAUAAUUUGGGUUGGCCUUUAUUUGAAUUAGGUUCAGCUUUUGAAAAGUUUGGCAUCUGAACUGGGCCUUAGCUAUAGCCUGUGUAGAUGGUGUUUUUUUUGCUGUGUUUUUUUUCUUUUGUGGUUUGCAAAGUAAGAGUUACAGCCGUUUGAAAGCUGAAGUGAGGUCCAAACAGAAAAUAAUGGGGGAGAGGGUGAGGGGUGCCCCCUCUUCAACGCUUUUUUCUGUUUUCGGUUAAGCUUUCACGCUACUGAAUCUCUUACUUUACAAACCACAAAAAAAAAAUACCCCCCCCCCCCCCCCAAAAAAAAAGUUCUCGCCAGUUUUAUUACAGUCAAAACAGGUCAAGCGUACCCCCCAAGAUUCUAUUAAUGAAUUGAUUAUUUGAAAAAUGAAUCCAUUAGUCGUUCCCGUAACUAGUGUUAAAUUCAAAUCGGAAUUACCGCAUGCAAAAUGAGCAGUGAAUAAUUUACGAGAACUUGUCUGUAUUUGGUCAGAUUGAAAAUCUUUGAAUGAAUUAAAAUUCUUAGAAGACAUUUACAUCAAAUUCAGGGAAACUAAGCUGGUAGAAAUUUCGUAAGUGAAUAGCGUGUGAAUUCACGGCUCGUUACACAUGCAAGAAUGUAGAGAUGAAUCUGAAAUCUACAACUGCCAGUGGAUUCAACUUUCGAAUAAUAAAUUCAUUGAUGUAAUUUGGGGGGGUAUGCUUGACCUUGUUUGACUGUAAAAACACAGUGCAUGCAAAACUUAAAUGUCGUUUAUACUGUCAGUGUAUGAUUCUAUCAUAUUUUUUGUUCGCCUUGAUGCUUUUCUAUGUGGCAGGUGCUAAAAAACAUAUAACAAAUUUUGACAGUCCUUGAAAUUUAUGGCAUGAUUUGAAAAUGGGCAUAUUUUGGGAAAAAAUGACCCGGUCAUCCCCAUGAAUAAUGAAACAUCCCUUACACAGCUCUGUCCUUCGUUGCUCUAAUGUAAGAAGGCCUGAACAUGACAGGGCAUCUGAGUAGUGCAAUCCGUAAUCAAAAAUAUUUUAGAGCACGUUUCUGUAUCUGUUCAAAAGUUAAGCUGAGGUAUUAAAAAAAGCCAUAGAGUAAGACAGACUGGCUGCAAGCUACAUAGAACUGAACCAGUUCUUCAGGUGGUAAUUUUGCAUGCUUUAGUUGUAUUAAAAAUACAAGAUUUUUUUGUCAUUUCUGUUAUAUGAGAAUUCCACUUUUAAGGUCUUCUUGAAUAUGGGUUUAGCUUCUCCAAAUAAAAUUAUCCCUGAUUCUUGAAUAAAUUCAGUUUAAACUUCCGAAAUUCCCUCCUUGGAGAGUAAAUUAAGUUAUUUGUAUAUUUGUAUUUGAUAAUUAGGAUGUGGUUUUUAAACCUCUGUUAACAGUUCAAAACAAAUUAAAUUUAUUCAGUUUAAAAUUUGUUAACUGAGGGUGAUUCUCAAUAAUAUUUCUUUUGUCUCCUAGCCAUGAUAAUUAGAGUUGAGACAAGGGAAAAUGCAUGACUUAUUUCAUGUUUUAAGAAAUAAUAGUUUGAACCAAUAUUUAUUCGACUUUGACUGUACAACAGGCAAGAAGUGUUACUAAGUAUUAUAAUCGGAGUUGUUUACAAAGACUAGUUUUAUGGAUUUAAUCUAACAAUGUGCCCAUAGCUAUCAGUUUGUGGGGGAUUUGUACAUGUCAUUGUUUAGAAAUGGAUAGUCCAGAAUGUACAUUGUACAAUGUACAAUGAUCAUACUCAAACUACUUAUGAUAAGACUCUUUUUGUUUUUUUCCUUCUUUGUUAACUUUCCUCUGACUUCAUGCUUUUUUCAGCAAACUGUCUGUGGUUGUGACUUGCUGCGCACCCAUGGAAAGUCUUACGUGUGUGACGUCAAUGGCUUCAGUUUUGUCAAAACUUCCAAGAAGUAUUAUGAUGAUGCUGCACAAGUGUUGAUUGGUCUCAUUGUGCAAGAACUAGCACCUCAGUUAUACAGGCCAUACCAUUUGGAUGUACCUGAGGAGAUCCCUGCAGUUGAAGCAUUGAAUGGUACCAUGCUAGAACUGAGAUGUGUUGUAGGUAUUAUCAGACAUGGUGACAGAACCCCUAAACAGAAAAUGAAGAUGGAAGUUAGGCAUCCAAGGUAAGAUGUUGUAAUUUAUUACAAUUUGCAAGGCGGCUGCCUAACAAAAUUAUAUGGGAGCUCUUCAGGCUCCUAAAAUAAAAAGUUAGGAGCCCGAGCCACAUUUCUAGGAGCCCAAUUAAAAAAAUCAGUACUUUAAUUAAAUGUGUCAAACUUCUAGCACACAAAAAUUGGUGCACUAAUCAGUUGAUUGAUAAGCUUCAAAUUUAUCAUUUAUCCAACUCUAGCUAACAUUCAAGGGCCAAUCUCCUUUUUUCUUUACUAGAGGUUUUUUUACUUCAUUGUAUUUCAAGAACAGAACCCUGUAUCUAAACCUAGUUUUAAUUAGUUCACCAGAAUGACCCUAUCGAUAAUCAGGGCUCGAAAUUAAAAAAAUCCUCAGGUCGCCUUUUGGCGACCAACUGGAGAAAAAUAGUCGCCAGAUGCAAAUUUUUAGUCGCCAGUUUGUAAAUGAUGCAGCUCAUAGUCAGCCGGGGCUUCUGAUAUUUCGCGCGGUCGCAGAGCCGCGAAAUUCACAAAAACACGCAAAAUAAUGCGAAAUUCGGUAGAAAUCUUAUCAAAUACAUGUCUGUACAACAUAUUUGAAACUUUUCUUGGCUAUUGGGGCUAUUUACUUGCCAUAAACUUGUAAAUUUAUCUUGAAACUUGGUCACUGAAAAGUACAAACAACAUCCCGAAACUACCGGACGUAAAUUAUGUUGCGAAAAACUGGGCACUAGCCAUGAUGUUAAAGGCUUUGCCAUUGGCUCAGUUCUAGAGUUUCUGGAGUGUAUUGUUGUUGAAAGAGCAAAUGAUGACCUCUGUUAGAAAAACAUCAAAAACACUGGUCUGGUCAGCGCAAAACGGAUCGAUCUCUAACCACAAAAUCGUUAUUUUUUUACCGAUUGAUUUGCGGCUAAGUUUGCCCCCAAAAUUCCUGCGAAAUCGGUCAAUUUUUCCACAAAUUUGCCCCUAAAAAUCCCGCGAUUUUUGACUUUUUUUCCGCGACCUACCAGAAGCCCUACAUAGUAUAUGGUGCGAUCCAUCAGACUUGAAAAUAUCGUGGAUAGGAUUCGGUAUAAAUUUGUAGGUAAACUGGCUUUGUUUAUGCAAUUUGGCACAUUUGUUAUGAUGAAAGCAAAGCAGGAUAGGAUGAAAUGUUUGUUUCAACUUUACUGUUUUAAUUUAAAUCUAAAUCAUAGAGAAAUCUGAUCGCCACUUUGGCGACUAAACUAGAAUUUUUAGUCGCCAAGGAGAAAAUGUUAGUCGCAUUGGCGACUGUAUCAGUCGCAAUUUCGAGCCCUGAUAAUGUGUGUUUCUUAAGUUGACAGUCUCAACCAGAUCCUCGAAACUUGAUUCAUCGCUUUUCGAAACCUUUAAAAAAGUCUCCUUUUGACCCGCCACACAAUGCUAAGGAACGUUGCGUGAGGAGACAAAACUCAAAGAGUACUCGAGACACGAACAAAUCGAGUUUCAAAACACAAAAACCGAGUUUGAGUUUCAAGAAACCAGCAUUUUUUUGUAUUCAUCACUCGAAAGAAUUUAGAGAAACGAUUUAUUUCUCAAGAAACGUAACAAUAACCAGUCACACGUACAAUGAAAGCACUGACCAACAGCACUUGCGUGUACAAUUUAAAGCUAAUUUAAGAGAAGUUCAGUUUAAGUUUUUAGGUGAUAAGAAAGAUUUUUUUUUAUCUUGAAUCAGUAUUUUUGUAUCAAGUCUAUCUUUUGAACUAUCAAAACUGUUUUUAUAUUUCUGAAGGUUUGUAUUUAAGUCCAUCACGCACGACAGCAUAAAUUAAAAAGAGGUUGAAAUAUGAUCUUGAAUUUCCGCCGCGAAUCAUUUUCAAAAACUGGAAUGUUUUUGUGAGCCGUUCAAAAGUUACCAAAAAAUAGGGUGGCAUAGAUAUUGCUGAAUAAAUGAUAAAAGAAACCUUGGAUCUUGUACCGUUUGAGCUCAUAGCAAGAUAGAAAAUGCUACAAACUUGCAAAAGUAAAGUUAGCAUACCGUAUAGGUAUGUCACAUGUAAUUUGAAACCUCAGAUUGCUUUUCCAUGGAUCGCGACUUUUUAUGCAGUAUAGCUUAGUGUUGUGGGUCGUGGGUAGUGGGGAGAGGUCAUGGGUCUUGGGUGUGGGUAAAUGUUGUUGUUAAAACAGGCCCUGCCAGGGUCAAUUCCAACAAGCGACAUGGCCCAAAAAGUAGCAACAGCGCGUAAAAUGAAAUCGCGACAAGAGACAACCUCUCUCGGCCAAAUUGCGACAGUGACGGCAAAGCCGACAAUAAGCGACAAACAUUUAUAAACACCGACACCAGACGUUUUAAAAUUCAGACGGGCGACAUGGGACCUCCCCCCUGGCAGGGCCUCUUAAAAAAUAGUUUCCAAAAAAAAAAAAAAAGAUUAAAAAAUUGAAUAGCAAAAAAUUGUAAAAUUCAUGAAACGAAAGUCCCCACUUAUAUACCAGGAGUCUUAUUCCCCUUCCCUGCAGUGAGCAAAGCAAAUAAGCGAACCCUUUAGUGCAAACAGACACUAAAAAGGCAUUUAGGCAAAAAAUAAAGAAACUCUGCACCCUGGGAGGGGGGUACUCCCAUACAUUACCUAUACAGUACGAUAUAAGGUAUGUGCCGCCCAACGGGGUCGUGAUUUUGAAGCUCCUGAUUUAGAACGGGGUAUCCAUUUCAGAGGCAUUUUCUAGAACGGGGUAUAAAAAAUUGUGGGUCACGGCUUUAUCUUCUGCUUAAAAUUGUUGCUGAUUAUGAAGAAGCAUUUAUUUGAUGUAUAAGUCGAAGAAAUAAAGAAAUAUCUUUUUAAAAAAACGGGGCUAUUUCAAUUUACAAACUUUCUAGAAUGGGGUAUCAGUUUUAGGGCGAAUUCUAGAACGGGGUGUAAAAAAGUGGCCCAUUUCUAGAACGGGGUAUCAAUUUUAGAACGGGGUGCCAAUUUGGAGUCCCGGGCGGCACAUACCCACCCAAAAAAUACCCAAGUGCCCCCCCCCCCGGGCUCUGCACACUAUGUCAGCCUGAAGCAGGCUAAAGAAAAAAUGGAGACUGACCUGCUUUUCCUUAAAGAUGUCAACAUUCGUGACUGAAACGCCCUUUCAGUUAAACAGGGCUUCUGAUAUUUCGCGGAAAAAAACGCAAAAUUUCGCGGGAUUUUCAGGGGCAAAUUCGCGGAAAAAUCGGCCGAUUUUCGCGGGAAAAAAGUCAAAAUUCACUCAAAAAUCGGCCGAUUUCGCGGGAGAAAAGUCAAAAUUUGCAGAAAAAUCGGCCAAUUUCGCAGGAUUUUAGAGGAAAAAAGUCAAAUUUUGAAGGAUUUUCGGGGCAAAUUCUUAGAAAAAUCGGCCGAUUUCACGGGAAAUUUUUGGGGAAAACUUCUCCAAGAAACAAUCAGUAAAAAACAGCCGAUUUCGCUGGAUUUUUUUGGCAAUUUUCGUUAAAAUCGAUCAAUUUUGCGUUGAUAUCACCAGCACUGUUUAACGUCUUUUGAACAGGGAUAAUCAUUUGCUCUUUCAACAACAGUUCACUCGAGAAAUGAGCAAAUGCUAAAGCUGUUAACAUUAUGGUUAGUACCCAGUUUUUCGCAAUGUUCACCUAAGAACGCCUGGUAGUUUUGAGACGUUGUUUACUCGUUGCAGUAACGAAGUUUCAAGAUAAAUUUGGACAUUUGGGGUGAAUAGAACAGGUCUAAUAGCCAAGAUAAGUAUUAAAUAUGUUUUGCCGACAUGUAUUUGGAAAUAUUUCUGGCGGAUUUCGCGGUAUUUUGUGUUUUUUUGGGAAUUUCGCGGGAUUUCGCGGAAAUACCUGAAUUUCGCGGGUCCGCGACCGCGCGAAAUAUCAGAAGCCCUGGUUAAAGGAAUGAUAUUCAGAAUCGUUACAGCAAAGAUUUUGUACACAAAACAAAACAAAAAAGAAUUGAGAAAAUUAUAUUUCCGUAUGGCAAUAGAAUUUACAUACAAUCUUGCCUUAACUUGAAAGGUUGAUUAUGAAAGUGGUUCCUUGGCUCCUAAGCUAGAGACCUAAAACUUCUUUAAGGAAGACUUUUAUCCAAAAAUAUGAAAUAGCUCAAAAUUAUCCUUUUUCUCCCUCACUUCCCCUCUCCUUUCCCCAGUGAUCACGUUCCAUCUUGUUAAAAAAUCCCUGCUGAUCAUUGGAAUUGUACAAUGUAGAUCGCGAGUCAGAGCUGUCCCAUACUUUCUGCAAAUUGUUUGUUCUGUUUCUAUCUGUUUCUUCAUUUCGCGGUGAUUGCUCAGGUAUAGAUAAAUCUUCAGCCGUAACAUGUCUUUUAUGCAGUGAUGUUGUGAAAGGGGACUCAAGUCCCAUGUGGCUAUUAAACUCAAGGCUAAGGCUUCAUUGUUUGCUUUGUGUAUGCAGAGAUUUUCGUUUCAUGAAUUUUACAAUUUUUUCUAUUUAAUUUGUUAAUAUAUUUUUUUGUUUAUUCUCUUAUCUUUUUAUACUUUUUUUAUGCAUGUACCUAUGACAUUUACCCAAGGCGAUUUUUAUUUCAUAAAAUUAAUAUUUUAGAACUUUUUUCUAUUUUUUUUUGGUUAUUUAUUUUCUAUGCUUUUUUUUACCCAUGACAUUUACCCAUGACCCAUGACCUCUACCCACUAACCAAGACCCACAACAUUUAGCUACACUCCUUUUAAUCAGUUUUUACUUCAUGCAAUAGCGACCUAAUGUUCUAUUAAACGCUGAAGGGAAAGUCAUGAUUUUAAUAUUGAAAGGAUUUCAAAGACUACUAAAAAUUUAUUAAUUCGCCCCAUUUUCGGAUGAGAAACUUCAAUUGCACUGCAGUGGAAGUCACCAUAGUGAAUUUCAAGGCAAGUACUUGUUUGUUUACCUUUUAUCAGUAGAAAUAUUUUUUUGCCCACAGCCGACAACCAAACAUUUUCUGUUUUCGUUUCAAAAGUGUAGAAAGAGCAGGGAAUUUUGUUGUUUGUUUACCGGAAGUUAGCCUAAGAAUCAUAAUAAUCCUGAGGGUAAAUCGUAGGUGCCUCUGGCGACUGGGUGCCCGUCAGGUAGUAGCCUUGAUUGGUGUCCCUUUGCCCACAAGGUGAUGCCAAAUUUGCUGCCUUACCUCAAUCAAGGCUGAUGAAAGAGCCAUUCAGGCUGGUGUGUGUGUUUUUUUACAACUUGUCCUGUGGGUGCCCCACUCUUGUACACUUGGGUAACAUCUUGCUCUUUGGACUAGCUAAGUUACUUUUAUUGAAAAAAGGAGUGACAAUAAUUAUUAUGUCCAGAUAGGAUUCCAAUUCAACAGGCUCAGUGUGAAUACCUACACUGUAUUGAAAUGCUUAGGAAACCCCAUAUUUUUUCUUCUCAUUGACUCUGCUUUGAAGUAACAAGAACUUGCUUACAGCGGCAUUCAGUCUCGAUUGCUUGGAGAUUAUAUCGAGAAAUGAGGAGGUGAUUAAUUCUACACAAAACAGGAUUUACUUGUGAAAGGUUUUUAACUUCCUACUUUAUCAACAUGGAUACUUUUCACUUGUUUCUGAACUGAUUUAGUAUGCGUGUUAGUGACGACCAGAAGUACCUCUGCGGUCACAGGCUAUACAUGCGUAUAAAUACACCAAAAUUCAAGGACCUUGAUGCCAGAGAAAUUACAUCAUUGCCAGAGAUAAAAAAAGUGAUUUACGUGACACGUCAUUUCAAUCAUCGUGGAAAAUAAACUGCAUUCUCAUCACAAGACCCAUGAAAGUUUACAACACCCGACCACCGCAGUUUUGCUAAUUAAGAUUCUUUUUUUUUUCAACCACUCAGUUUGUGCACCGACACGUUUCGGAAAAGCUCUAAAUUUAAUCUUUCCUAAACAUCUGUGACUUUGAUCACGCAACGAUUCUUAGUCCCAGUUUCCGCUAGGAACAUCUGGCACAAUGACCCCCUAUUUGUGUAUAAAAUACGAACAAAACGAAAAUGCAUCGCAGAUUAUGAGUCGAUCUUGCUGCUUACGCAAGCGAGACUUAUUGGUUUCAUACUACAAUGAUUAAUUAAUUACAGUUUCCUUUCAUCUUAUUCUAAGAACCUAGAAGCUUUUCCCACCAAGAGAAAUGAAGCCUACAAAAUGCCCAGCAAAAUAAAAAAAAAAUGAGGCAAGAAAAGCGAAAAAAGAGGGGAGGAGAGAAAGCUACAUGUAAAAGUAAAAGUCAAGACUGCUGUGUCCCUUUUAAAUCUCGAAGUUUUGCUUUCUGUGCAUGCCCAAACUUUGUAAGCUAAUAUUUUCCAUCUGGAUCAGAAAGCCAUGAAGUGUACAACCUGUAAAUGGCUUUAUGGGAAGUUUUAGUUCUUUAUAACAUGGCAGUGACCAGAAAACCACUUGACUAGCUUCAAAACUGUUUUUUUGGCAAAAUUUCCAGGGGCGAAUGGGUUAGAGGUGUUUUAUGUAUUUUGUAUUAUGUGAACAAUAUGAGAUGCAAAUACGCAAUUCAACCUUUGGGCUGCAAAAGCAUUUCUUUCAUAAACUAUUUAUCUACAUGUAUCUAUCUGUCUAGCCUACUCAGAGGAGGUUAAUUUCCACAGCUGCUGUUUAAUAAUAAUAGCGCUGCAGGCCCAGAUUCUUAAAGCCUUCACUGAAUUGUAUUUCAAUGUCAGUAACUAUUAAUCAACAGGUUUAUAGAACUGUUUAAGAAGUACAAUGGUUUUGAUGAGCACAAGCUUAAACUGAAGAGGCCAAUGCAGCUACAGGAGGUGUUAGACAUUGCCAGAGAUUUGUUAUCUGAUUCCAAGGAGGGAAGACCAGUGUUUGAGAAUCUAAGCAAACUUCAUCAGCUUAAAAGUGUCUUAGAAAUGUAAGUUCUUCAAACUGGACUGAUUUUUGGUGGUUCCAUCGUACUGUACACUACUGUCAAAGUUUGGAAGUGUGUUAUGUAAUAGGUAUUCUUUUGCCUCUUAUUUUUUUGUCACGAAAAGCAAAUUUUGACGGUCCAUACAUGUAAUUCGUGGAAAACUUUGAGUAUUAUCCGGAACCACAUCCAUGUUAUAGUUUGGGGACUACAUUUUGUAGGUCAAUUUUUGUUCAAGGGGUGGGGAAGGGGGAGUGCUUGAUAUUGGUGGAGGGAGUACUGUAAAAGAGACAGUCAUCAGAUUUUAGUUCUUCUGAGGUUACAAUGACUGACAGUGUCGGAACUCAACCCACCCCCUCCCCCUCCCAGAAAACAUUAUUUUUAAUGGUUGAAUUAAUUAUUUUUCAGCUUUAGAAUAAGUUAUUACUAAAGUUGUUAGUAAUGCAUUACACUUGCAGUUAGAAGGCUUAUAGGGUGAUAAAUUAUCAAAACGUGUCAUAAAUGUCUUUAAGACACAGAUGCUUUGGGUGUAUAACCCUUCUUCCGUGUUUAGAAAACUAUUGCACUAUGCAACUGUCAUUAAACAGAAAUAAAAUUGAAGCAUGUUCAUGUGCAAAACGUAGUGUGCAAGAUGGCAAAGAAAGCUGGAAUUGAUAUCAAGUCCUUUUAGCUGAAUGGUUUCUAGCUGGAAAUUAUGUUCAUUUCAUGCUGCUUCUGUCGUACAUGUAUUAUAUUGGGUCCACUGCACAGAGCCAGACCACACACCUGGACAUAGAAAUACUGUGGCCCAUGGAGUUGUAAUGCUGGGCCACGGGAGACCCAGGAGUGUUGUUACGUAUACUUCAGGUUUCAUCCAUGAUGAAAUUCAUAUGCCUUAAUUUCACCAUUGCCUGUUGCAAGGAAUUCUCAACAUAUAGUUUUGAAGGUACAAUCUUGAAUUCAUUUUACUUUCCACCCAUUUGUGAUGGGUUUUUCCUCCUCUUCUCUCCCUUUUCCCAAGGUAUGGUUAUUUCUCUGGAAUAAACAGAAAGAUCCAAUUCAAGUACCUUGGAAAACCACGAGAUGGAAGUGAGAGCAGCGAGAGCAGCGCGGAAAAUCGACAGGGAGAUUCAGGAUCCGAUGAGAGGAGUUCUAAGAAGAAACAAGGGAAGGAAUCCAAAGAAUCUAAAAACAAACAAGAAGGGAAGACUGAAAAGGAAGUGAAGAGGAAAGAAAGCAAGGAAUUUAGUAAAACUCAAGAUUUAAAGGAGGCUGAUACUGCUACUGCUGAUGAGAAGCUGAAAGUGCCUGUCGAUGAAGAUCAUUCUCUGCUCUUGAUUUUAAAAUGGGGUGGUGAACUUACUACAAUGGGAAAGCAACAGGCUCUAGAGCUAGGCCGUGCAUUCAGGUAACCAUGAAAAUAAUUAAGAUUGUUCCUCCAUCACUCCUUAUGAGGCAGAAAACUGUCCUGUCCAAUCAUCCAGGACGAGCAGAUUUUUUUUGCUGGGCCAUCAACUUUUCAUACUCUCUUGGCCAAGUAAUCAUAUAAUCAGAAAGUGAAACAAGCAGGCAAGGUAACCCUUGGCAAACAAUAAGUUAAAGCUUUUAUGAAGGAUGGCUGAAAUUCAAGAUCGUUUCAAGUCCUGCUUAUGCUGCAUUCUGCCUCUGAUCUGAUCCCUUUGUCUGACUUCUCUACUAAUAAAAUUGGUACAAUGUGCAUGUGCACAAGCAACAACAAGGACACAACUAUGUGCAUCAUCUAUGAAAGGAGUAAAAUCUUUUACAAAUGUUUUGUUGUAGGAGCAUAUAUCCUGGUGGCCAUGGAGAAUACUCUAGAUUAUCUGGUUGUGGUCUGCUACGACUUCAUAGUACAUACAGACAUGACUUGAAGAUUUAUGCAUCAGAUGAGGGCCGGGUUCAAAUGACAGCUGCAGCAUUUGCUAAGGUAAGCAAGCACUGAGAUAGAAGCGAUGCCUACAGCUGUACCUUGGGAAUUUUAUAACAGUAGGUUAUAGAUCUUUCCAGGUUUUUUUAACUUUCAAUAAAAGAGCAGUAAGUGAAUAUCAUAUCACAUCAUUGACACUGCUAGAGAGAGCGCCUUAAAAAUCACAAGGUAACUUAAGAUGAUAAGUCCAUUUAGAGAGCAAAGAUUUUGUAGGCGCUUGUAAAAUUUCACAACUUUGCAGAGCUAUUUAAGUAAAUAAUAAAUAAUAAUAAUAAUGAUUUGGAGGUAGCACAUCCAGCAAGUUGUUUUUCGUCUACCUGAUUCCUGCUUGAAUUUGAAUUUGGAAAUGUUGGUUUUUGAGGAGAGAGGAAAACCGGAGAACCUGGAGAAAAACCUCUCAGAGCAAGGGAGAUAACCGACAACAAACAUAACCCACAUAUCAUUAUCAAAUGGCGUCAAUGCUGGGAUUUGAACCUGGGCCUCAUUGGUGGGAGGUGAGCAGUCUCACCACUGCAGCAUCCCUAUGCUCUGCUAUAUCUUUGUUAGUUUUCAACAUAGGAGAGGAGACUGGUCGUAAAAGCCAACAAAGUUGAAAACAACGGUGUUGUAGUUUAUGUUGAAAGCUCCCUGACAGUGCACACUCCUUUGUUUUUUGUUCACAAAUUGUGAAUGAAUAAAUUAAUGCGAUGUUUCUGUUGGUCAGUAAGUUCAAAAUGGUAGGAAUGCUAUUGAACUUUGUGCACGGUCAGGUCCAAAAAAGCUAAGAAAACAUAUAACAAAAGAGUUUAACGGGUUUCAUAACCAUUCCACUUAAACGACUGUUUUCAACAGGUCAUUUUCAAACUUGGCAACUUUACUGAUUUUAUGGAUUUUGAUGGACUUUUGCUAACAUGUCCCGGUCAAAAGUUGAAAAAACCAUGAAAGGAUCUAUUGCCAUGAUUGUAAUUGAUUAAUGAUAAAACCUGUUUUGUACAUUAUUACCCGCUAGGGAUUUCUUGCCCUUGAAGGUGAGUUGACGCCCAUCCUUGUUCAUUUGGUGCGUAGUGAUAAGAACACAACAGAGAUGCUGGAUACCUCUAGUGAAGCCGCAAAAAUCCUUGGGAAGUAAGUUUGACUACACUGCGGUAUCCAAAGAUAUCGCCGUAAAUGUUUAUGGGGUGCUGACAUAAACUUUUUUUCUGACAAAAACCUUUCUUACAAGACAGAUGAGGAUUGUUGGUGUGCUGUACACUUACAGCUGUAGCUGCACUGAAAGUCUAAUGCAACUUCCCUUUAGGGGUUCUUGUAAUUAUAACAGGGAGUUUUUAACUUUUAAAAGAAACCACGAUGACAACAUUGGCAAAAAUGCCACUUACAUGUAAAAGGUAGAUCUGUGUUCUUUCAACCUUCAUCACAAUUAUUCCAACUCAUUUACUUUGUCAAAUGCAGCAAAUUUCCUAGAGUUGAAUUCUUAGAAAAACAAAUAUCCACAACACAUUUCACCAUCUUCGUGACUAAAUUCUUGCUUUGGAGGAAAAGUACAUCAAUAAUUGACAUCUUAUGCAUGCAAUAAAAAAAGGAAAAGGUGCAGACGAUCGAGCUAAAGGCCGAAUAGGACAGAGCUUAUCCCAGUUUCCUUAGCAUGGAGCAUGCCUAGGAGUAGUACUAAUCUCCUCUGGGUAGGAUGCUAGUCCAUCGCUGGGCUAACCCAUUUAUACAGGUACCCAUUUAUACACCUGGGCGAAGAGAGACAAAGUGUAGUAAAGUUCCUUGACUAUGGAAAUAAUGCCACGGGGCAAGGUUUGAACCCCAGACCUCCAGAUCCAGAGUUCGAGUCGUUAAGCGCUCGGCCACACACACCUCAGCUAUGCAUGCAAUGCAAGAACUUAUUUAAUAGCUAACAGGACACCAACAUUGUAAGCUUCUCAUUUGGGUGCGAUCAAAGGCCUGAGCUUUUACUUCUUUUAAUUCAGUUUAUUUACUCAUUUUUUUGUUGAUCUAUUAGAGUAAAACAUAGACUUCAUGAAAUGCUUCGUUCAAGUGAGGAUUUCAAAGAUGAAGAUUUUGCAAAGGUUUGUCUAUUCAUGUAUUUUCUUCAAAACUAACCCUCUCUUAAAUGAAGUUGCCAGAUUAGUAAUCAAAUCAAUCAAUCAAUUACACAUUUCGUAUCUCUUUUGCUUUAAAUAAAAUUGAUGUAAGAGUUAUAGUCAUCUCACCGGGAACUAAGACUCUAGAAAGCGACUGUUCAGUGACAAAAAAUGAUAAUACAACAUGCGCAACGGGCAUUAAGUUUACAAGCCAAAACGUUGAAUUAAAGCUCUACUAAUAUUCAAAUGCUUAUCUGGCUGAAAAUGCCGGAUAGUCCCCUGAUUCUUGGCUUCCUCUUUUAUUCUUUCUUUCUUUGUUUCCUUUUUUUGUGUGUGUUCUCGCCAUUAACAGCUUGCACCAACCAAGUCCCAUUCUGUAAUUAAUGCAAUGAAGAAUGUCAAAAAUCCACAUUCAAUGUGUGCGAAGCUUUACAGCCUUGUUCAGGAUCUUACAGGACAACUGAAGGAUUUGAUUGGUCAGAAGGUUUAUGAUCCAAGAGGUGAGUGAGUCUUGGCAAUUGUGUAUUCAUACGGACAGAAACAGCUGUAAUGACCAAAAAAAGAACUAUUCCUUGUCAAGAUGUGUGGUACCCUGGGUUCCAGAGGAUAUUUUUUUCUUAUGGACACUGAUGGUUCGCGGCUAAGCCGCGUUAACGAGGCGCAAAGCGCCGAGGAGAAAAAAAUACCGAUAAGAAAAAAAAUCCUCUGGAACCCAGGGUAGAUGUGUGGUAGGUCAAAGAUACUUUUAAUUAGCGUAGGUAAAUUAUAGCUAGCAUCGUUUUUCUCAUAAGAGAUAACGUAGUUGGAUUCUGGAGCCAAUAUUGUACACAGAACCGAAUGUUUUGGAACCAAAAAGCAAAUUACCCCAAGUUUUACCCAAGAUUAAAUUUCAUUUUUAAGAGUAGAGCAAUUCCUUGACAUCUUAAGAUGUUUUUUCAUCACAUUGUGCGCCCCAAUAUCAACAUAUCAACACCUUCUUUACCAACAGAAAAUACUAGUUUAAAUGAAGAUAUGAUCAUCGCAGUCGAGUAAUUGCAAUUACCAUUACGACGAUCAUAUCUUUAUUUAAAUUGUAUUUCCGCAGUUCACAUCAUCUUCAUUCUAAGAAAAUACUAGGUUAACUUAAUAUUGCUGUUCGUAACCUGCUUCUUGUGUUACAAAAUUGAUGGUCUUUUAUGGGGAGAACUUGGAUUUUUGAAACCACCAAUGUCUAUUUUGCAGAUCCAUUUCUAUAUCAUGAAGAAACACUUGAGUUGAUGAUGCACAGAUGGACAAAGUUAGAAAAGGUAAUACAAUGAGUCAAGUGAUAAUGUCACAAUAACAAUAACAAUUAAUGAAUGAGGCUGAGUAUCUUAUGAAGAACGGCCGAGGCAGGUAACACCCUCCGAGAUCUCCAUAAUUCUUCAUAUGAAACGAAAGCCGAAUUCAAUAAUUGUUUUAUUAUUCAUUCAAAAUAAUUCCUAGUUUAAAAACAUGGCUAAAACAUGCUUACCUCCAUCGAUCCAUCGAUGUUAAGUUCAUAUUCGAUAGUGCACGUUUAGGGUUGUUCAGCUCCGCAAAUAUUCUCCAAGUAGGAGAUGUCGCCUUCGAGUUGUCCUCUUGCUGUACUUGCCAUGUUUUUGGCCAUUUUUUCGCCUAGUUCUUACUCUUGAAACGAGUCAAAUGUCCGCCAUUUUUGAAGUUCACAAACAAAACAACUCAACCUCGUCCCCAGGUCUUCUCGGUUAGCGGUGCAUGAACCUGCAAGAACGCUGCAUUUUUGACGUCAUUUCCUCGCUAAACACAAAAUUCUUCCAAAUUUGGUCAUCAGUAACUGGUUAUGGUGAAUUAAACGUGUGCUUUUAGCCAAUCAGAAUCGGGGAAAUAUUUUGAAUAAAUAUUAAUAAUAACAAUUAAAUGAUGCCAUAUACAACCCAUCUUUCUUUUUUUCAAUUAUUCCCUGUUUAUACACUCAUUAUUUUAACAGGAUUUCAAGCUAAAGAAUGGACAGUUUGACAUAAGUCUCAUCCCAGAUAUAUAUGACUGUAUAAAGUAUGAUGUGCAGCAUAAUGGGUGAGUAAUGUAGUAGACUAAAGAUGUGAUCAUUCAAUUCCCACUUGCCUGCCUCUCAUUUAAGGGGUCAAUUUGUGUUCGCGUCAAUCACUCUUAACUGACUAGCACUUUUAUUAAGUCAUUUUCUGCUGCUAUUAAAGAUAUUGCGCGUCCCUCUAGGAAAAAUAAAUGGUUGUGUAUUCCUCGUAAAAGGGAGCGUAAGCACCAACGACGCGACGGCUACGAAAACGUCACGUAAAACGUGAAUUCGCACUGCCUCACACUUUAUCGCGCUUUUACCAUCUCGUUUACUUCGUCAAAUGCUGGCAGAUUUUUUUGGAGUUGAAUUCUAAAGGACUGUAUCAAAGUUCAGGAAAAGAAAAAGAAAGCUGUUGUCUUGUGUUCCCGUGAAAUUACACACUUUCACGUUGUAGUCGUGCAACGACGGCUACUAAAAAAGUAAGAAAUGUACAAAAAAGCGUGAUGCACGUGCAAGGUAGUUGUUUUGCCAAUCAAAACCUAUUGCUUUUUCGCCCUUUUCGUAGCAGUCGGUGUCGUCGUUGCUCCCUAUUAGGGACCUUAAGAUCCGAGGACGGCGACGGCGGAGAAAACGUCGCUGAAAAAGUGAAUUCGCGUUCUUUCAAUCUUCAUAGCGAUUACUCCAAGUCACUAACUUUGUCAAAUGUAGGCGAACCCUCCUAAAGUUGAAUUCCUAAGAACCAUAUUCAAGUUCAGAAAGAGAGAGGAAAUUUCGUCGUCGCUUAUGUACUUCCUCUGUACAUCGGGAAAUUAGGCAUUUUCACGUCGUAGUCGUGCAGUGACGGCAAAGAAAUGUACAAAAAAGCGUGAUACACGUGCAAAAUAGUUGUUUUGCUAAUUAAACCUAUUGCUUUUGUGGCGUUCCCGUUGCCGUCGCCGUCCUCGGAUCUUAAGGUCCCUAUUAGGGACCUUAAGAUCCGAGGACGGCGACGGCAGAAAAAACUUCGCUGAAAAAGUGAAUCCGCGUUCUUUCAAUCUUCAUCGCGAUUACUCCAAGUCACUAACUUUGUCAAAUGUAGGCGAACCCUCCUAAAGUUGAAUUCCUAAGAACCAUAUCCAAGUUCAGAAAGAGAGAGGAAAUUUCGACGUCGCUUGUGUACUUCCUCUGUACAUCGUGAAAUUAGGCAUUUUCACGUCGUAGUCGUGCAGUGACGGCAAAGAAAUGUACAAAAAAGCGUGAUGCACGUGCAAAAUUGUUGUUUUGCUAAUUAAACCUAUUGUUUUUGUGGUGUUCCCGUUGCCGUCGCCGUCGUCGGAUCUUAAGGUCCCUAAUAGGCCAACCACGACGGCAACAGCAGCGAAAUUGUCGCUGAAAAAGUGAAUUCGCGCUGCUUCAAACUUUACCGCGCUUAUUACUUCUCGUUCAAUUCGUCAAAUGUUGGCAUUUUUUUCUGGAGUUGAAUUCUAAAAGACUGUAUCGAAGUUCAGGAAACGAAAAAGAAAGUCGUUGUCUUGUGUUAACGUCCUCCACGACACGUGAAAUAAGGAAUUUUCACAUCGUAGUCUCAUGCAGUGACGGCAAAGAAAUGUACAAAAAAGCGUGCUGCACGUGCAAAAUAGUUGUUAUGCCAAUCUACACCUAUUGCUCUUUUGCCGUUCUCGUUGCCGUCACCGUCGUCGUUGCUUAACCUUCCAAGUGAAAGAUCAAGUAUUUUAGAUGGUUUUACACCAUGUAGCACAUACAGGAAUCCAAAGAAGUAGCCACGUUUACUGAACGUAACUGACUCUGCGAACUUUUAUCACAUCAAAUCUUUCCGAAAAAUGUCGUUCCUGACCGACAGCCAAAAACACGAAGUAUCCGGCAUUAGUUUUCAUAUGAAAAGUGUAUUGCAUUUGUCGUCGUGAUGCCAGUGUGGAUAGAGGACCUUUCUUUCUCUAAUGUCCACUUAUUUGCGCACCAAGGAACCCCAGAAAAUCCUCACCGUCAUUGCGGCUGCAGUGCAAGCUGAAGUAUUUCCUCUUGUAAAUCUAUUUUAGUCAACUUUGCUUGAAGAACAGUCUGGAUUUGUACAAGUGUGCCAAGGCUUUUGCAGACAUUGUCAUUCCACAGGUGUGUAUGAAAGUCCUUUAAAAAAGAUCUUUAUAGAAGUAUGUGUAAAAGGCUUGCUGGUUUUUGCUUCAGAACUGAAAAAAAGAUAAAUCAAGUCUGGUAUAUAACAACGCGGGAGUCACGCCAUACACGGAAAUUACUUCACUUGCUGCAAAAAAGUUUGUCUUGUGCGGGAAAGCGCGCAACGCGUAAACCAGGUUUUGUUGCAAAAAGUAGAACUACUCUCGACUUUCUGCAACAACUUUUCACAAACUGCAACAACCUGAUUUGUUUCUAAACAGUUUUGAUUCGUGGGUGGUAAAAAGGUCAAUAUCGCUAUUCAACUCGUUUUGCAGCAGUGCCGCAAAACAAGUAGCACGUUUGUGUUGGUCGUUUUACCACACUUGAAGUUUCUUAAAGGUAAAGAUGUCACUUAAUCGUGUUUAAGUUGAGCCCUUCAGUUAGUUAAGGGAAUGAUAUGUAGCUCAAAAGCCAGACUUCGAAUGAUGACAGUUUUGAUCCUCGUGUCUUAAGAAUGCGAAUGGAGGGCGACUCUUUUAGUUUGAGAACAUAAGUGACAACGAGAAAUCUUUGAUGCCAGUGAAGGCUAAUUUUGACGGCUUAACUGUUUUCAGGAAUAUGGAAUCACACAAGAUGAAAAGCUAGCCAUAGCUCAGAGGGUGUGUGUAAGGCUGCUGAGGAAAAUCAGAGGAGAUUUGCGCCACGCAGACAAGUCAGAUAUCCAUACCCGUCUCAAUCCAAAGUAUUAACUAUAAAAUGUUUAUGCACAGUGGAGCCUUUGAUAAUUAUGUAAUAGUUUCUUGUUCAGAGACCAGUGCUAACAAAAUGCAUGGCAUGACCAGAUUUGCCUACAUUUAGUCGAUUACCUUGCACUCAACUUAAACAAUUUACUAGGUAGAUCAAUGUAAGAUUGACAGACUUUCUGUAACGAUAUGCCAAAAUUCUGUUGGCAAGCUGCAGACAACUUACAAAACUGUAUUUACAGACCUCUAGAAUCUGGCCAAACCUGUUGUGACAUUUUCUACAGAUAAUUCUACCAAGCCUCUGUUGAGCGACGCCUUUCCUCCCCCAGUCUCCUCCCGUUUUAUUUUCGUGUUCGCGCUUUCUCAGUUUCGCGAACCCGACUAUCUCGGAGCAUAGAACAGGCUGUAUUGUCAGAACAUGGACGAUCCGCCCUUACUGUGUUGAUAGAACGUUAAUGAUUUGCCCAGUCUCAGAUGACAUACAAUGACAAUGUCCUUAAUGUACUGACAGAACUUGGACAUGUGACCAUAGACUAUGGACGUUCUGCCCAAACUGUGAUGACAGUCUGUAGUGGAUUUUCCUAAGCUCUUGACAAACUUAAACUGCAGAACAGACUAUGAAAUCUGGUGCGGACAAACCAUAGAGAGGCUUCCCAAACUUUAGAGUACUGAGAUGCUACCACUGAAAACUAUAUUGUAAAUUACCGACGAACUGUUGACAGGUAGAGCUAACUUGUUGUUACUAAUGUUAACUAUUAAGGGAGCGUGUUUGUCUAAGGGAAAGUUCAUUUAAUAUGACAAGGGGGGAUGAAGAUAUUGAGGGGGGGCUCCGAAAAUUUUUAGACACCCGAAGGGGGGGCUCUGAAAAAAUUGUUGCGCUAGGAGGGGGGGCUCCGAAAAUUUGUAUACUUCAAAACCAACACAUGACAUCAUCAUACAGAUCGGAUGGUUUUCAACUCAACAAUUUACAGUCAAACCAGGUCAAGCGUUCCCGUCACUAGCAAACUAAUGAAUUCAUUAAUGGGAAAAUGAUUUCUUUUGUUGAUUCAAUAAUCCAUUCAUAAAAUGAAUAAUCCAACAAUCAAAUUGGACCUCAAUUCAAUAAUUAAAUGUUGAUUUGGUUUAUUAACAAAAUCUACCUGUUCUUUAUUCUUGCCUGUUGAGUUCAAUCGUAUUUGCUUCCCUUUUCCUGCCGUUUACGAUUGCGUUUGUAAUUGCCUUUAAUCAAAAUAACAGCUAGAAGAGACAGACCGCAAACGCAAAGAAACUGACAAAGGCCGGGGAUCGAAAUCCACCAAUCACCGCACAUACACUGACCUUAGUUUCACUAUCGUGUUUCCUAAGAGGUCAGGUCCGUUGCAGUGAAUACUGGAAACAAAAUGACGUACAUGUAACAGUUUGUUUGGGUUUGAAAUUCAGAACUCGCCCGAACUCGACUCUAAGAAAAAAAGGAGAAAAAAAAGUGUAGUUUUUCUAAAAACAGUAAUCGAAUCAACAUUCGAUUAUGGAAUCGAGGCUAAAUAUGAAUAUGGGAUUGUUCAUUUUAUGAAUGGAUUAUUGAAUCAAUAAACGAAAUCAUUUUUCCGUUAAUGAAUUUAUUAGUUCGUUAGCAACGGGAACGCUUCACCUGGUUUGACUGUAAUGACCUGUGCAACUCAGCUAUAUCACGUGGUUUACAGAUAUAACAAAUGUAGUCUCAGUAAUUAUUACACUCUUGUUCAUCCUAAAAAUGCUUUAGAAAAUUGUAUCACAACUGUAUCUCAAGUUUGUCAUAGUAUAAACCAUUGAAGACAAUAAUGGUAAAUAUAUUUAAUACAGUCUAGCGAUCUUUUUUCAGGGGAGCAAAGGAAUUGAAGGAGGAGGGGGGCUCUGAAAUUUUUUCGACUACCAAGGAGGGGCUCUAAAAAAUUGAACCGCUAGUGAGGGGGCUGCUAAAAUUUCAAGCUUCGAGUUUCAAUAUCUUCAUCCCCCUUGUCAUAUUAAAUGAACUUUCCCUAAGGUUUUGAAAUUGUUCGCACAGUAAAAUUUUAUCAUUUAACCUAAUUUAAAGCCUUGUCGCCCACUCCACCUAUCUUCUCAAAUCGUUAAACAUAAUUGGCAACUUUAACUGUAACAGAUGCGUGGUAGUUAGCAUAUCUUACUAGUUCCAGAUUUCGAGCCAUUUUUGUCACGCAUUAAUUCGAAGAAAUACAUUAUUUUGCCUUUAAGGUACUGGAUAUUCUCUAAGGCCUGAAAGAAUUCUAUGCAAGUCAUUCAUCGUAAUAUCACGACGUCACGUCAGUUUUCUAUGUGCUCACUCAAUCACGCAUCAGUUUGUUUCCAGAUCCUUGUGCAGGGAAAGCUCCUGGGCUUUUACACAUAUCAUUUCGAUGGCAUCUCCAUUGCUUACUGUGACGAACAGCUAUCCAUCCUGAGAUGUUCUCUUUACUUCGAGUCUCUGGCAGUUUAACGUUUACAGUUGGGUUAUUCAGCGUAUUACUGAGUUUUUGGCGCGAGUGUUUUCUUGGAGAACACACGCCAGUCUAUCCUAACCAAUGAACACUUUGACUACUUGAUCUAAAUGUCAUUAAGCUUGCUAGAUACUUCCUUCUCCACUGCGUCCAGAAUAUCUUAGCAAGUUUUGAAUCAGUGUCCAUCGGUUCCUAGGAUUGAGCGCCAAGUCGUCAUAUGAGUUGUCCCUCUAGCAGGCUAACAAUAUAAGAGUUAGGCCUCGACGCUAGUUCGUUCAUUUAAGUGGCGUCGAGUUCAGAAGAGCUUCUGUUUUCUUGAUGACAGGUCUUAGUUCGUCGUCUUAUUUAUCAUUAUCUCAUUCAGCAAGGCCAGUCACGAGUGGAGGAUUCAAUCCUAUCUGCCAAUGUUUGCAGCCUUGAUCGUCAUCUUUUCCCUUUUACUGUAUCUUCUGGUGUUUACCUUUGCUUAUCAUCUUGUCUCACUUUCUUAUCAAGUGAUAUUAUUUUGACACUUUCUCCCCUUAACUGAUGCUAGCCAAGAUCAAGAUUUUCUCACUGGUUUUGUAUUUUAUCCAUGACACCCAAAGCAUAAUCCAUUUUUUGAUUGUCACUGGUCUAUUAAAAUAUAUAAUCACGAAGGCAAAAUGUAACACUUUGCUAAUCUUUUUUCCUCCUCCUUUCGAGGAUCCAUUGUGCAUAACUGUAUGCAGCUGGACGUAUAAGCUUUAAACUCCCCAAAAUACUUCGAAGAAAAUUUGUAAAAUUCAAAAGAAGAUUUGACUCCCAAGAGCCUCCGUGUGUAUCCUUGGGCUGUCAUGACUCAUAGUUUCUUUAAAUCCGGUGCUAGGAGGUCUACAAGACAUGAUAUUUACCUCCGACAGGAAAAUGAGACGUUUCGCCCGGAUGUUUUAAGAGUUAAACCAAAUCACAUAAGUGCCUUUAGAAAGCUUAAAUCUCUAGCACCUAGACUACAUAUUAUUCCUAAAUGAAAUUGCUAGAAGGAGAGUGUUAACAACGACAGCUGUAGGGAAAAGCAAUCGAUAUGUUUCGCUGCUUACACAUAAUAUUACUAACAUUCGUAUCACUAAAAUACACUGAUAUUAUUGCUAACCUUUCAUUUUUUUACGUUGUUUUGACUUGUUUUUAUAGUUACUCACAGAGUGUGGUAACUCCUCAUCGCCAUGUUCGGACGAGGUUGUACUUCACCAGUGAGAGCCAUGUUCACACUGUUUUAAAUGUUUUCAGGCUUGGAAAGCUUUUUGAGGUUAGUUUAGUUUUCUAAUUAACAAAUACCUUUUCAACUGACUGUCUUUCGCGUCGACACGAAAAAUUAUGCGGUAUGGACUGAACAGCAACAGGCCCAGGAAUAGAGCAAGAGGGACGACGAAGCGGGAGCGUUGGGUAACGAGACAAAAACGGCUGCUCAGGAAAUAAUAAUAAUAAUAAUAACAGGGUGCUGUAUUUAUAUAGCGCAACAUGUCCUAAAAGCUCGUGGUGCUUUACAAUAGUAAAAAUACCAAGAUUAAAAUUAAAAAAUUACAAUUGCAUUUUCUCUGAUGACGAUAAAUAUUAAAAUGUUUCUUUACAAUAUUAAAAGAAAAAAAAGUUUCUCAAACGACCUCUAAAAAAUAAAAAAAAUAACUAAUAAAAUGCUUCUCUAAAAGGAAAUGUUUUUAAUUUGUUCUUAAAAAUAUUUAGGGAUUGGAUUAAUCUUAUGCUGUUACGUAAUGCGUUCCAAAGUCUGGGGGCAGCCACAUGGAAAGCCCUGUCUCCAUAAGAAUUCAGAUUAGACUUUUGCGUGACAAGGAGAUUGUUUGAAGAGGAUCUUAGUUGCCUUUUUGUCAACAAUAUAUUUCGGAGCCAUGCCAUUCAUUGCUUUAUAAGUAAGAAUUAGUAUUUUGUACGCUACUCGCUGGUUGAUUGGUAGCCAUGACGAAGUACUGGUGUUUAUUUUCUGAGCUUCGAGUUCUGGACACCAGCUACAAGCUAAAUUUCUCUUUGAACUAUUCUUAGGAUGUACCAGACGAGCAGUGGCAGAGAGCCGUUGAAUUCCUAUCAGAGGUGCCAGAGCUGAAUUACAUGACUCAGAUUGUACUGAUGUUGUAUGAGGAUCCUAAAGCUGACCCCCAGUCAGAACACCGAUUUCACGUGGAAAUGCACUUCUCGCCUGGAGCUAAGACCAUGGAUGAUCCUGAGUUCCUCGCACGCAAAUCACCCUGUAGGAAGCGUAGUGUCGAGGAUGCAAGGUUUUCUACUAGUAGUGGAAUCCCUUCAGAUGCUGUGGUGGAAGGGACUGUAAACAGGGCGCAAGGAGUUGAUGAGUCACAAAAUGAGAAGGACGUUAAAGGCCUUCCCAAUGCAGACCCUGGUCUCACCUUGCCGCCCGAUGCUUCAACCACGGACUCGCGUUCUACAGCGUCGAAAAAGAGCGUACAAAACUUUGAUACGAGUGAUCUUGUAAGCGUUGUUGCGACCUCUCUGGGACCAGAUCUUGUGGAGGACGAAAAGAGUUUGAAUGAAACAGGCUAUGAACCGUUCAAUGACAAGCCAUUUGAUGAGACUGUUUAUGCUGGAAACGAGCGGCCGCGGUGUGCAAUUGGACUUGAUAACUUCUCCGAUUCUGGUUUGUGUGAAGGCACAAGUGACAGUGCUGUUACGUCUGGCACAUCAAUUGAAGAAUCGUCCGCAGAGGAGGCGGUGAAUACCAAGCGGCGGAGUUCUAGCGCGGGUGAAAUUGAACUGCAACAACAGGCUUCCUUGAAAGACAGUAAGACGCAGCAAAAAGGACGUGAAGGCGAGUUACGGACCAAAUCUGAUAGUGACGUUCAUUCAGCUGUUGUUAUACCUCGAAAGGUUUCUGUACAAGGGCAGAAUUCAGUGAAAUGCAUUAUUGACGAAGACAAAACGAAUCAAUCUGUGAGGAAGGCACGACCAAAGUCACAUUCUGUUAGUGUAGCCUACCCUGUUACUUACGCGACUCCGUUACCAAGGUGUGAGUCAAGUGAUGACAUGAACGUUCCCCCGUUUUCAGAAGGUAAGGUUAUUAACUACACAAGUUAGUGUGAGGCGUUUGGGAUGUGGCGUAGAAGAGUUACACAGUUAUAUAACACAUAGGCCACUUUGGAAAAUACCCUAGUAUUCUCUAUUUAUGGGCGAUCUCAAUAUUCUGUUCACAUUGUUGGGAGCUGUUUUUAGCCUUACAGCCCCUCAACAUUUUUGCAGAUCCGGUAUACUGAAAAGGGUUAAAUGUCAUUUUAACAUUGGCUCGGCAUAGUCUCAACAUUUCUUUUCUUCGCGUUACUUUGCGGAACUCGGGUAAGGGUAGAGUGAUAAUGGUCAUUAUUAUCUAUUCAUAUGUGUUGGGGGAGUACUGGGGCUGUUUGACCUUUAAUUGUCUCACAAGUGCUCACAGAAUGUGGAGACAAUAUUGCGGCUUACCACGCACAGAAUGUUGAAACAAUAUUAGGCUCUUUCUAGUUGGUUAUUCAUAUGGUACAAAACCGCCAUGCUUGAGAUCAGGGGACACACUAAGACAAGACAAACAAAGGAAAUUACCAUUUUAAAUGGUGUGACCCUCUUGGUUGUCUUGUCCCAUUGCGUUCCUUGCUCUCCAGCAUGGUGGUUUUGAACCACUUGAAUGACCAGCUGCAAAUGGCCUGGGAAGCUGCCCACCUACCCCUCUCUUAAGCCAACAUUUUGCCCUAAGUGAGAAGUAAGCGUUUAAGUUGGCUUAGGGGAGGGGUAGGUGGGCAGUCUCCCAGAAACGUAUAAUGAUCCUAUUGUCGUAUGGCACGCAGUAGUUCUAUAUAGGUCAGUUUGUUGAGAAGCCUACAAUUACGUUUCAUGAGCAAGCUCCCUUCACGUGCUCUGGAUCCUUUUGUACCAUUCUCAAGGUCUUUUUAGGACUUGGCAAAUGAGGGUGCCACUGUCCCCCUUCUGAAAUAUUUUUUCUCGAAAGAGGGCCCAACGCUGUUUAACAUUUUCUUACGACUUAGUUUGAUAAGUAGUUGACCCACUCUCUCUUUUUCCAAUGUCUUGCUGAUUUUCCUAAUAGUUUUAGGGUAUUUUACAGAUAAACUGGUUAUAUGAAAUAGUAAUUAAUGCAUGGUUCUUAUUUAAAGCUCUCUAAAAUAAGACGUGGUUACCUUUUUAUUGAUCCCUUGGUCAUUUGCAUCUAUUUAUGCCGCCUCCAUUACAAGAAGCUGGUAGAAUUACUUCCAACGCAAGUAACUAGUAGAUUUGCGAUAAAAAUUGUCAUCAUCUUGAGUUCCAGAACUUUUAAAAAUCAUCCUUUCACUACCUCACAUUGAAAAACUCGAUCCCCUGGUUUCAGAUGUGCGUCUGUAGUAACUGUAAUACGUGUCUCGGAAACCUCGCGAAACUCUGUGUGAUUGGCGCCAUUGAUGGGUGGCGCGAGGAACUGGAUGGGUGAGCAGCCGCUAAUGUCCUGUCGUGAAGACUCCUUUAUCUUUCAAUGUUAUUGAAUUUGUUUCAUUUGUUUCGCUGUCCUUUUUUAUUCUUAAACUCGUAAAGCACUAAAUAUUUCGCGUUAUUUGGGCCUCCACAUGGAAAACAAAUGGCAAGUUCGCAUGCAAACUCAGCCGGUGCUUUCAACGCGGAACGAGGUGCGGAGCUGAAACCAGUAUUUAAUCCAUCGGCUGGAGAAAGCACCAAGUUAAUUGUGGGUUUGGCUCGGUAUAACAUAAAUUCAAAGAUAAAUUUCCGGGAAUAAGCAAGGUUUUCGUGGUUAAGACCGAACAGAAAAACUCUUUUGAUACACAUAGCCGACAGAAGGAAGCUCGUCUGCGAAGUGAGACGCAAUAUGAAUGUGCUUUUAUCUUGAUUUUCGCUCUCUUAUUUUUAAGCCAUGGUACAAAUCGCUUCGAUGUUCUCUUUAAAAUACUUUGUCCUUAGGAAUUCAUCGCCAAAAGCAUUUCUAGAUCAUCAAAACGGCAGGAGAAACAACCAGCCAAGUGUUCCGUGGUUUUGUUUUGUCGCGUCUUUGUCGUUAAGCAACUGCGGACACCAAUCCAAUUUAUAGAAAUAUAUACAUUCAAACUUUCUGCUCGCUAAACGAUCCACGCACGACAUGAAUAGCCCCCGUUCGAUAUCCUCAAAUUCUAACAUGACUCCAAGGCUUUCUGGUCAUUUUUCUAUAUUUGGUUUGGUUUUCUUUGUGCUCAAGUCUCCUCUGGGAAUGGCGAGACAAUGAAGUCGUGAAAAUUUGCAAUUUUAACCCUUACGCCCGGGAGUGAGUCAUGUUAGAAUUUUAAUAUAACGAACCUGUGCUAUCGUGACAAAUUUAUAACCUCUCUUCGCAAGGUCUUGUUUCUAAUAUAUUAUAUUUCCAUUGUAGGGCACUUGACUUUAUUCUACGGCUAUGAUAGUAUCACUCUGUGUCCACAGCCAAUAGCCCACGUUCGAUAUAUGAAAAUUUUAACAUGACUCCGAGGCUUUAGGAUCAAAAUUGCAAAUUUUUCACCACUCCAUUGUCUCGCAAUUCCCAGAGGAGACUUGAGCACAAAGAAACUGAACUAAAGCAAAUAUAGAAAUGUGACCAGAAAGCCUCGGAGUCAUGUCAGAAUUUUAAUAUUUCAAACGGGGGCUAUUCAUGGCUUGUUGUAAUAGUUGGUUAAAAUUGAAUGAAACAGUUUGGGUACUAUUCUUGUGGCUGUUUUUAAACAAUUAUGGAGUAUUCGAGAAGCGCUUGUGGUUCGCCUCAUUGUGUUUACUGCACAAAUCUGAGACAUCCAAUAUCAACCGUACACGUGCAAGGUUUGUCCUGGAAUGAAUCCCUUUCUUUACUUUGGUGCUAGCAAGGCAGACUACCAUCCUCUUUAGAGCUAACCAUAAUCCCACCUUAGUCACGUACACACUAAAAACACCAGCAGAGAUGUUGCACUUUGAUGCGAAAGCGUUUCACUUCGAAAUACCUUUCAUACGACAAGCAAUUGUCAAACACUUGUGUAGCAUAGUUCUGUUUAUAGUUCUGGUGGCUGGUUUGCUUUCCCAUUAAACUGCUGUGGCAUCACUUUACAAUGCAUUUACUAUACGUGAAAUUGUGCACGUUCUUUUUUAAUGUUCUACCUGUUAUGACGGUUUGAUAGGUUUGAGUUAUUCUCAGAUAGAUGAUGUCGCGGUUUUUGAAAUUCGCAAUGAACGACAACUCCAAAAUUGACAACAUUUGGCAAGUUUUAUUUCCUGACGCAUUGACUGAAAAUAGUUAAUAAGGAGUUGUUCUAGCAUUAGACGCAAUAGAUUGUUUUGGGCAUUUUUUUAACUCGUCCCCUUCCCCUUCCGAGUCGCAAGUCAAUUAUGUCACUCAUCUCCAAUUUCAUUGUCUUCCUUGCACUACCACAACAUUGCAGUUGUCUACUCUCUACCACCACCACCCCCGCCUUAUUGUUGUCAGGGACUUUAUGAUCCAGCGGCGCAAAGGAAACGAAAACGUCGCUUAAAAAGUGAAUUUGCGUUCUUUUAGUCUUAAUCGCAAUUAUAUUUACCCACUUACUUUGUCAAAUGCAGGAGAACUUCUCUGGAGUUGAUUCUUAGGGACCAUGUCCAAGUUCAGGAAGAUAACUAAUAUUUCGUCGCUGCGUGGUUAUGUUCGCGAAUUAGGAAUUUUCACGUGUUAGUCGUGCAAAUACGGCCAAAAAAUAUGGAAAUAAUGCGUUAUGCAUGUGCAAAGUUGUUCUGUUGCUUAUGAAACCUAUUGUUCUCGUUGCCGAUCCAUUGUUGGAUCUUUAAGUCCCUAUUGGCUUUCCACCAUUAGCAACACCAAAUUUCCAUAAUCUUUCCUCUUCCACCCCCGCCACAUCUCCGUUGUCUUUCAUCUGUCAAAACCACCAAAUUUCCAUUGUCUUUUUUCUUCCACCACCGCCACAUUUCCAUUGUCUUUCAUCUGUCAAAACCACCAAAUUUCCAUUGUCUUUCCUCUUCUACUACCGCCACAGUUCCGUUGUCUUUCCUCCACCAUUACCACCGCCACAUUUCCAUUGUCUUUCCUCCAACGCCACCACCACAUUUGCAUUGUCUUUCAUCUAUCAAAACCACCAAAUUUCCAAUGUCUUUUCUCUUCCACCACCGCCACAUUCCCAUUGUCUUUCCUACUACUCAGUUCCAUUGUCUUCCUCCACCAUUACCACCACCACUUUUCCAUGGUCUUUCAUCUAUCAAAACCACCAAAUUCCCAUUGUCUUCCCUCUUCUACCACUGCCACAUUUCCAUUGUCUUUCCUACCAUCACAUUUCUAUUGCCUUUCCUACACCACCACCACCACUGCCACGACCACAUUUCCAUUGUCUUUCCUGCAGCGCCCCCACCACAUUUUCAUUGUCUCUACCAUUACCACUACCACAUUUCCAAUGUCUUUCCUCCACCACCACCACCACCACAUUUCCAUUGUCUUUCAUCCAUUGCCGCCUCCACAUUUCCAUUGUCUUUCCUCCUCCAUCGCCACUACAUUUCCAUUUUCUGUCAUCCACCAUCACCACACUUCUGUUGUCUUUCCUCCACCACCAUCGGCGAUCGCGACUACCACAGUUCUGUUAUCUUCCCUCCACCUCUACCACUACAUUUCUAUGAUUUUCACACCUUGAUCGCCACCACCACCACAUACUGUCGCACUUCGACCAACAUCACCUCCGCCAUAACACUUUUAUUGUUUUCCCCCUACCCUCAUUGUCCGCCACUCUCUAUUUUUUGAUGUUUUUUCUUCCCUCUUCUUAUUAAAUUCUAUUUUUCCGUUUAGUUGUUUUGGAAAUGGGGUAAAAACAUACUCUACAGCCAUGCCACAGCAAUUAAAUUAGAAACCUCUGCAGAAAACGGCGUGAGAUAUCCUUACAAUACUGCUCUUUGUUAAGCAUGCUUUGAUAUUUAAUUUUCGUUCCCACUACAAGCAUGGUGGCGUAAUUGGACUUGGAACUGACUCUGGAGAAACAAACUGUUGAAUCUUAGGUAAUAAAAUGACAUUUUUGACGUUAGCAGGCGUUUUAUGGCAUCUUUACAAGAAAUAUGAAAACACAUCUGUUGAAAUAAAAAGUAUUCCAAAAGUCUCAGUCUCACAUUCCAAAAUCUUUACAUGUAUCGUGCUUAGCAGCGAGAAUUACGAAGUGGUGCGAUUAUUUGAAAGUGCGAAGGAAAAGUGUGUACCUCCUGGCUUCAGUCCUAUUAACGCAUUAUCAAGGCUUGCAUGCUAUUCCUAUCUAACGCUUUUAGGCAUUUCAUAUUGCUUAACAUAUCUGGCAUUUUCAUGGUCACUAUUAACAAAAACAGGACAAAUGCUCACCAUUGAUGAAGAGGAUGAUGAAUGUGACUAUUUAACGGAUGUAUUUGAACGGCAGCGGAAGAGCGGCGUAGACGACGACCACGAACCGGAUGAACUUUACACACCAAAGGAUGAGAGUCAAAAAGAGGAGCGGAGAAAAGGUGACAAAUGAAGGUGGCAUAGUGACAGGAAGAAAGGAAGAAAGUCAGUUGUCAGAAAGUUACCUUGUUUCACUCAUUCAUCAGGGCCAUGCUUCCGCUUCGUUUUAAACUUGUUGCUUGUAAUUCCUUCAUCUUCCUUCAACUGGAAGUAGGUGUUGUAUGUUGCAGUGUUAAAAAGGUUGUGAUAGAGCUCCUAUAAACUCCAAGAGCUACCAAAAAGAUUUUAAGAUCAUCCCAAAUUUUUAUUUUCAGAAUCUCCAGAAACAGAUAGUAUCAUUUCACUGUCAAGCCACACAAUGUUCAUAUUGACUGUAUUUUCGUUGUUUUUGUUGAAAAACGCUCGUAUUUAUUGUAAACUGCGUUCACUUAUCAUUUUUUUUUUAGUUUUCCAUUUCACUUUCCUCCGCUCUUAACCACAUGUUUUUUGAGUUUCUGUUGGUGCAUUUGCUUUGUUUGUAACAUUUUCUGUCCAUAAACUACGGGAAUGAUGGUUACACACUUUUGGCGCUAAGAUUCUUGGGAUGGUGAAGGUUAACAAUAUAAGGGGGUACCACGAAGCUCCAAGAAGGAGUUGUUUUUAAUUUAAAUUAGCGAACAAAACAAUCGAUGAAUGAACCAGACUGCAGGUGUGUUUUCAAAGGCCAAUGAAAAUAGAGGUUUCUGAAAACAUCGCGGCUCCCGGAUGUAAUUAUAAGCAAUGAUUGGUUGAUGGUUGCCAUUGGAUGCUAUCGUCCAAUCAUAGCAAACGAUCCCAGGAGGAGUUGCGCCGACAGCUUGUACCACUUCUCUUUUUAGUUUAUGUCGUUAAUAUUCAUUGUCAAUAAAAGCUUUCACUUUCUGUCAGAAAGAUAGUCUUUCUUUGUUUGCGCGUGUCACAUAAUCACUUGUAACUUGUACAUUACGUGCAUUCUUUGUUCUUGCUGGAGCUUUACCGCUAAAAGUAGUGAAUUGAAAAUCUGGAUAAAGGCUGGAUAAAGGCGCUUAGUUCCACUGUACACAUCACAGCUCGUGUUAUGUUCGUUCUUAUGUUUCAGCUCAUAUAAUUUCAUGCAAAAAUGAAUGACGUUUAUGUCCAACUGAAUGUAAUUUUUAAUUGACAGGAACGGAAAAACCUUCGUCAGCCAAAUCAGACACCACGUCUGAGCGCCCGCGGAAGGUCACCUAUGACUUGGUGAAUAAGCAGGGAAGUGACGAAGGUGAUCAAUUAUUGAGAAUAGUAAAGUCAUCUCCUGCGUUAAAGAAAGGAUCGCCAACCAGGAAACGAAGUGUUGGUAAGAUAUCGACUUUCUAGAAUAGUCUGUGUUACUCAGCAAAACCCUGGUCAGAUGGCUUCUUGCAAGUUAAUUAGUUUGUAUUUUUUUCUGCAAACACUCUUCUUACCGCAUAUCAUGUGCACAAGUGAAAUGUGUAAGAGGUCUUUUACAACCGAGCUUUAAGCAAAGACGUUUUUGAGCAGCACGCGUCAACCGGAAGUGGACUUUGUGCAUUCUUGGGUGAUAGUGUUAGCCAAAUUUUCAGGCAGACCGUCUCUUUGAGAACAAAGACUCAUAACAGUACAAAUUCAGUAGCGUCAAGGCAUAUUUGAAGGAAAAAGGACUCACUUUCGGUUAACGUGCGUCGCUCAGAAACGCCUUUGUUUAAGCUCCCUAUUUACAAUCCUGUGGCACUCAGCACAGGUAUAACGAGGGUUUGGCUGACUCAUGUGAUAAACCGGCCAUAUUGUUGGUCAGUACAUUACACACUUAAUGUCAGAUCCCUCGGGAAACCAGUUAGUUUUGUUUUCCUUCGAGUCCUGAUGUUUCCCGAGACGGGUGUAUCAUGUUCGGGAUACAUUUGAUCAGUUAGUCCAGGCCAUGUGACCAAGAAUCAACCAAUGGCAGUCCCUGCUUAGUUGAGUGAAAGUAUAGGAAUAUAACAAUGCAAGUUGUUUGCAGAUUUUGCACAAUAGUAAAGACUCAAAUUUUUGAAAACCUGACCACGGUGUCUGUGAUUUGCAAGAAAUAUUUCCGUGACUUAAUUUAUUACAUGGCUUAAAUAACCUGUUACAGUGGUUCAGAUACUAAGGAGUUUAAGUAACCUCCACGGCAAAGGUAGUGAAAAAGUAAUGGCAUGUAAGAGUGAAUUUCCUUUUUUCCAUUAUUCCAACUCUCUCAAUCUGUUAAAAGUAUGCGAAUGUGUCUAGAGUUGCAUUGUUUAGGGACGAGAUCCAAGUUUCCAAAGAUCCAUAUCAUGUGUGUAUGCAAGUCCUCAGUGAAACGUUUCAUCAGGACAUUUCACGUCGUACUAGAACAGAGGGCGACAAAAGUGCAGCCUGAAGUAUGGCACAUGCAGAACUGUUGUUUGGCUGAUUUCAUCCAGGUUUUUUUUUUAAUCGCAUUGUCGUGGUUUAGUAUAAUCCUCGUGGUUUCUUAAGCUGUUUACUGGGUUGGUUGGGGAAAGUUAAGUGAAAAUCAAAAAACGAUUGACGACACAAAUCGUUGAAUUAGACGGAGAUUCCGCCCUUUACCCGUCGUCAAUAUAUAUUUUUAUUUUAUUCCAGUCCCUCUCCCCCGAUUCUCUUACACUAACACAAAUGAACAGCACUAACACGUUGGGUUGGUAGUCUUUUGGUUCCGAGCUUUCAGACGUAGAAAGGUUGUUACCAUUGAGUGAUCAGUAUUAACACAGGUUACGUGCGAGAUUCCAGAAGUUUUUUUGUCACCUGCUAGUACCCGCUCUCCUUAACCCAAACUACUUUUCUUGUUUUACACAGGAUCUGCAACGUCUGCUAUCCGUGCGGUGAGAAAGCUUUCUUACGCCAUCUCAAGUGCAUUGGUCGUCAGACCUUAUUCGGUUACAAAGAGCACAAAGAACAGUCGCAAACCACCAAGUAAGAAGCGGUUUUUUCACUUCACUACUAAUAAAUAAAACUAACACCAAUAGCAAUAUUUGUUUUCCCUUUCCUCUACACAUUGCAUCUCCUCGCGGGACGCAAACUAUCUGUAAACUGUCUGUGGGGCGAACUAAACCUUUCCAGCGACGCAAACAUAAGGGCAAUGGUGUUCACUCAGUAUACUGUAUGCAUAAGAUGACUUACAAGGUUAUGUUCACACUUAGUGACCAGACGUGGUGCCCACAUUCGCUAAUCGCUGGACACUAAUGUGAACGUCUUUAAAAUGGCGUCUGACACACAGAGCGAUACGAUAUGCGCAAAGUUACAUGUCAAGUACCUUAGGUGUGAACGCAGCACUAUUUUGUGCCGGUACACAGGCCUUGGGUCCAAAGGCACCGUUGCUCGGGCACCAAGGGGGAACAUAGCUUUAAUCAAUCCAGACUCACCUUGUAAUAACUACUACUGCCGAACAAGUGGCCCCACAGAACAUAACAGAGAGAUUAAGAGUCGUGUUUACGGCAAACGGCAGAUUCAAGUUGAGAAUUUCUCAGAAUAGAAGGUAAGCAAAUAAAAACUGUCCAGAACAAUUCUUAUGGAUAAAACUGGCGUGAAACUACUUAUUUUUGAGUAGAAGAUAUAAACAGUAAACGACAGUUAAGGGGAAAACUUGAUCACGUGGUACAAAUUCACGUUAGCCGUUUGGUGUAAACGUAAUCUCUCUAUUGUUGGUCCUAAGCGGAGUUUGUCUUGCUUCAAAUUAAUUUGAAAUCACUUUUAAUUUAAGUUGCAGAUUUUUACGAAGAAAUGACCAAGGUAGAAUCGCUGAAUCCCUUGCGUACGUUGCACAACUCAGUGCCGCUUAAAGAAAUGGACGGAUUUUUUGAUAAAACAGCAGGGGAAGGUGCUGAAACCUUGGUUACGCCUAUCAACACACCCUCUAGAAAACCUCCUUCAAGAAGGCUUGCUGCGCGAUCAGCUCCUAAUCCCGUGCAAUCAGCCGAGAAAAAGAGUUCCGCGGGGAGUGAGCCGGAUACGGAGGGUGUUACCGACCUGUUAACUGAGGCCAUUCAAAAGCUAGAUUCUUGACAAGAGUUUUUUACGAUAUUUAAAAUAGUUCAUUCAGUUAUUGCCAAAUUGUACAAUAAAAGAGCCCAUAGAACGUUUUCACUUUUCACUCACGUGGCCAGCAUCUAUGCAAAUUUAUUAGAACAAAAGAAAGUCUUUACAUAAGAAUAAAGUUUUACUCCCAAAGGAUUGGUUUGGAACAUCAACAUGGCCGCCAUUUGCACAUCUCCCAUGAUAUACCUUGUAUACCCUCAAAAUUUUGUGUACGCAUUGUUUUCAGUUACUCUUGGGACAACUGUAAAGCUUCGUGCAAAUGGACGCAACAACUCCCAACGUUGGCCAAACAAUGUUGCGUCUGUUUGCACCGGGCUAAAAGUUUAACCGGUUUCAACUGAACUUUGCACAACAACACUCA